AUGCCGGUGGUACAGAUGAUGGACACUUCGAGACCAGAUAGCUCUAGCAAUGGUGAGAGCAAGAACCAAACUGCGGAGAAUGAUACUACUGGUGCUAAUCAGGCUUUGGCUAUGGGUCCUGAGGACCCUAUUAAGUUUGGCCAGGGCGUUUAUAGCACGACAUUUAGGAAAAGACUCCACGUCACCAUUCCCGGACAAGGGAACGGCGGAUGCGCAAAAGCCAUCCUCCUAAACACGUUCUUCCUAGAGCCCUUCCUAUACUACUUAAACGAGAAGAAGGAGCCUAAGCUAUCUUCACUGUGGCCCAGGGCUCUAUCGUUUCCCUACAUGAUGUUCGGGGAUUUAAGCAUACACAUCUCACGGUUCGUGCCGUUGAUGAAGACCACUACCACGACAGCAGUUGUUAACGAUCAGGUGCAAUUCCAGGUCUCGCCGUAUAUGCUGAUAUGUAUCAGUAAUAAGAAUAGGCACAAUAGCCUUAUCCCAUGCAAACUUGAUCAAAAGAUUAAGAAUAUGGAGGGCACUACCAACAGCGGCUGGAAGAUAGCCAACAGUGACCUCUUACAAUGGCCAGUGGUGAAAACAAUGGGCCUAGGAGGAACGUACACCUUUAAGAAGCAUAUUCCUAAUCCACCCUUCCGCUACUAUUAUGCUAACACUAUGGGGCUUGAUCCAAAUGUUAAUCACUACCUCCCACACGACACUGACGAAAGAUCAUAUUUGGAGCCAUUCACAAACUUCGCACCUCCAGCUCAAGAUGAUGUUUUCCUUGCCCUAACGAUGCCGGAUGUGGGUGUCCUCGGAGAAUCCUCUAAUAAGACCAAUGUCUACGGCAAAUGCCUCAUAGAACUGUCGUUGGACGUUACGUUCAUGACGAAGCCUGUCGGUCACGAACACCUGGAGAAGGCUAUACCUCUAAUUAAAGCAGAUCUGUCUUCAAUUAACCAAUAUUCAUACUCGCGUUAA